AUGAUCCCCCCCGAGCCGCCGCAGCAGCAGCUGCAGCCACCGCCUCCAGCCCCGCCGAACCAUGUGGUGACCACCAUCGAGAAUCUGCCGGCUGAGGGCAGCGGCGGCGGCAGCAGCCUGUCCGCCUCCUCCCGGGCUGGCAUGCGCCAGAGGAUCCGCAAAGUGCUGAACAGGGAGAUGUUAAUCUCUGUGGCUCUGGGCCAGGUGUUAUCCUUACUUAUUUGCGGAAUUGGCUUGACCAGCAAGUACUUGUCAGAAGAUUUCCAUGCCAAUACACCUGUCUUCCAGAGUUUCCUCAAUUACAUCCUUCUUUUCUUGGUCUAUACCACCACACUAGCUGUCAGACAAGGAGAAGAGAACCUCCUGGCAAUUUUACGACGAAGAUGGUGGAAGUAUAUGAUUCUGGGACUCAUAGACCUGGAAGCCAAUUACCUGGUGGUCAAGGCCUACCAGUACACGACUCUGACCAGUAUCCAGCUCCUGGACUGUUUUGUGAUCCCGGUCGUGAUUUUACUCUCCUGGUUCUUCCUGCUGAUCCGAUACAAGGCUGUGCACUUCAUCGGUAUCGUCGUCUGCAUCCUGGGGAUGGGCUGCAUGGUGGGAGCAGAUGUGCUUGUGGGAAGGCACCAGGGAGCAGGUGAAAAUAAGCUGGUUGGGGACCUUCUGGUCUUAGGAGGAGCCACACUCUAUGGUAUCUCUAAUGUCUGGGAAGAAUACAUCAUCCGAACCCUGAGCCGAGUGGAAUUUCUGGGAAUGAUCGGACUCUUCGGGGCAUUUUUCAGUGGAAUUCAAUUAGCUAUCAUGGAGCACAAGGAGCUGUUAAAGGUGCCCUGGGAUUGGCAGAUAGGCCUGCUCUACGUCGGCUUUACCGCCUGCAUGUUUGGUCUCUACAGCUUCAUGCCAGUCGUCAUAAAGAAAACCAGCGCCACUUCAGUCAACCUCUCCCUGCUCACAGCAGAUUUGUACAGCUUGUUCUGUGGAUUGUUUCUCUUCCACUACAAGUUUUCAGGACUUUAUCUCCUGUCUUUCUUCACCAUCCUUAUCGGGCUGGUGAUCUACUCCUCCACCUCCACAUACAUAGCCCAGGAUCCCCGGGUAUACAAGCAGUUCCGUAAUCCUUCGGGACCUGUUGUGGACUUACCAGCCACGGCUCAGGUGGAGCCUUCGGUCACCUACACCAGCCUGGGCCAGGAGACCGAAGAGGAGCCCCACGUCCGUGUGGCCUAA